GCCACCGGGUGGCCGGUUCUAAAACUGUCAAACCUACAGCUCUGUCUUCGGUGUGCGUUUCCACACCUCGAACUUUCAUGGCGGUGACAAACCCCACGUAGCUCCUCCGUGCUCAGAACACCUGAUUUGGAAGCCACCCCUGGAUUUUCCUAGCAGCUCCAUUGUCUCUCUAUUUCGCGCCAAAAGGGACGUCCGUAAAUGAGAAUGGCGUGGCUGAAGGACCUCAACCGGCUCGUGAACGGCCUGUCUCUCGUCGCCAGAGAGAUCGCCAAGCGCUCGCCGGUCAUCGAAACCGCUCGAAAUGGCGACAUCGAAGGGCUAAUCCGAUCCACCGCCAAGCAAGCCCUUGUUUCGGCGACGGACUUGUCGGGCCUCACCAGGGGCAAGGUCCGCGACUUCUCUAGGCCUAGGCCAAUGGAAUCCGUCGUCUACUUUGACCGUUCAGCUGAAGCCGCCCAAUCCAGUGGUGAUUUAGAGCGAAAGCAUCCGAUUGGUGAUGAUAGGGAGGUUGAUAAUGCAGAGGUUGUGCGAGCGAAUGAUCCUGGUUCUCAGGCGGAUAGGAAUGCAGAUGAAACGUGUAGUUCUGUAGAGGAAUUAGAUGAUCAAGGUGUUUCGGAAGGGAAUAAGUCUCACAACUUGGCCGAGGAGGUGAAUGUGGUGGAUGUAGGAGGUGGAGAGAUGGUGGUGCCGCCACCGCCAGCGAAAAGGCGGAAGCCAAGGGAGAGGAGAGUCCCUGCGACGCCUUUCUCGAGAGGGCUUGGGUUUGCUGGUCUAGGUGCUGGUCUUGCAUGGGGAAUGAUUCAGGAAUCUACCAGGAGGCUCGUGUACGGGUCACCGCAAGAACAAGACAAGCAAUCUGCUCUCUCUCCUUUUUUAACCAAAAGCAAUGCGGAACGCUUGGCUGUUGCUCUAUGUAGGAUGCGUGGGGCCGCUCUCAAAUUGGGACAGAUGUUGAGCAUACAAGAUGAGUCUCUUGUGCCUGCCCCGAUGUUGGCAGCUCUGGACAUUGUUCGUCAAGGAGCAGAUGUGAUGCCGAGAAGUCAGCUCAAUCAAGUCUUGGAUGCCGAAUUAGGUCCUAAUUGGACAUCAAAAUUGAGUAGUUUUGAUUAUGAACCACUAGCUGCAGCAAGCAUUGGCCAGGUUCAUCGAGCUGUAACGAAGGAGGGCCUGCAGGUUGCAAUGAAAAUUCAAUAUCCUGGUGUUGCAAAUAGUAUUGAGAGUGACAUUGAGAAUGUAAAACUUCUUUUGGAUUAUACAAAUUUGAUUCCAAAAGGACUUUAUCUCGACAGGGCUAUGAAGGUGGCUAAAGAGGAAUUGUCUCGUGAAUGUGACUACGAACUAGAGGCAAGUAAUCAAAAAAGGUUUCGAGACCUUCUAUCUGGCAUGAAAGGGUUUUAUGUGCCAAUGGUGUUGGAUAACAUUUCAAGCAAGAGAGUUCUGACUACGGAGCUUGUUCAAGGUGUUCCAAUUGAUAAGGUGGCAUUACUUGACCAAGAAACUCGUAAUUAUGUUGGGAAUAAGUUGCUUGAAAUCACCUUAAUGGAGCUAUUUGUCUUCCGUUUCAUGCAGACUGAUCCUAACUGGAGCAACUUUUUGUAUGAUGAGGCUACAAGAACAAUUAAUCUCAUUGACUUCGGAGCCGCUCGUGAUUACCCUAAGAGUUUUGUGGAUGACUAUCUACGCAUGGUUGUUGCCUGUGCAAAUCAAGAUAGAGAUGCAGUCAUUGAGAUGUCCCAGAGACUUGGGUUUCUCACAGGAGAGGAGUCAGUUGUCAUGUUAGAUGCUCAUGUUCAGGGUGGCUUUGUGGUUGGAUUGCCAUUCUCGAAGACUGGUGGAUAUGACUUCCGUUCCUCUAAUAUCACUCAAAGCAUUUCGAACUUGGGGGCGACCAUGUUGAGGCACAGGCUUACACCACCACCUGAUGAGGCCUACAGUCUCCAUCGCAAGCUUUCAGGCACUUUCUUGGCUUGCAUCAAGAUCGGGGCCGUUGUGCCUUGCAGAGAGUUGUUGUUUAAAGUGUAUGAGCGCUAUCAGUUUGGCCAUGAAGACGAUGGUGCCGCAAUGGUGUCGAGCGGCUCAAUCUUUUGAAGCACCAUUCUUUUUUAUUCUUGCAUUUCUGUAUUGAUUCUUUAUUUGUGCAAUAAUUAUGGUAUGCAAUCCUGUCCCAGCUCUUGUAUUAGGAAAUAGUUUUCCUCUUUUGAGCAAGUUGACCAGCUCGCCUCGCAGACCCUGAGUUUGCUGCAAUAAAGUUUUUCCAGCUUAUCA